AAUUUUGCGACCCGCAGUCACGUUAACGAUUCAAUUCGCGAUUCGUCUUCGAUGUCACUGCAGAGACCCAUACACUAUCGAGCCAUGCCAAUAGAGCAGAACACCAAAGACCAUCUUGGAUAUCGAUAGACAACAUGGUGCUCAUUCUCGGAGUCAACUUCCACGAGCAGAAGCUCGUCAGGAAAGCCCUCGAGAGCUUCUGGAACCUUGGCCCCCAAAAGUCCGCCCGAAUCCUGGCAAAGUACUGCAUCCACCCAAUGGCCAAGCUGGGCACGCUGCCCCCAAAAACCAUCACGGCUCUGACAGCCGAGCUGUCAACAAUGAACAUCGAGAACGAAGCGAAGAAGGUCGUCCUGGACAACAUCAGGAGACUGAGGGACAUGGGAACGUACCGCGGUCGUCGUCACGCCAUGCACCUGCCUGUGCGCGGUCAGCAAACAAAGAACCAAACCGAGACCGCAAGAAAACUCAACCAAAUCGAGAGGAGGUUAUAAGCCGAUAUGCCUUUGGCGUCGGUUCGGGGCUGAUUUUUGGGAGGGUUGGAAGAAAGUACUGUGUUCGAUUAUUUUGCGAGGGCUCCGUAGCAUAGAGCUGCGAGGGCCAUAUUGUACAAAACAUCUGCCAUAUACAUCGUGUGGCACGCCUCAACAAAUCAAGACCAAUGAUUUCUGCCUGCCA